UGUCAUCUAUUAGUAGCGGGAACGAAACAUCAUUACGUGGCUCGAUCUGGAAACGAUUGACUACGCUUCGACGGCAUGGCAAACACGCAUCUUCGCGGCGGAUGUAACCACAUCGGAUUGUGCUUUCUAAGGAUGUACUCGUGUCAAGUGGGUAGAUUUCUUUGGUGGUGGUAGGAUGUGUUUCUGUGGUGAAUAUGUGGCAACCAUCACAGUUCCACGCUCGAAAUUCGUUGCCAAGACACCAAGAACCCGGUGCGCGCCUAGCAACGCAGGUGCGUGCUUUGGGUCGCAGACCAAUCAAUCAUGGCGGAGUAAGGCCUGCUGCAGCACUUGAAAAUGUCGACGUUUUUCGUAGACCAAACAUGCAGAAUCAAGGGCCAACUUUGAGUACACCUGUGUCAAAUGCAAAUAAACAGUUAUCAGGGAGGCGCUUACCACCCCUUCCUGGGUGCUCAAAUAUUCAGACUCUCAUCGGCAAGGGAUAUUCCUUGGGUGAUCUCGAAAAUUCAGAUGGAGGUGAGCAUGUAAUGAAUCCAGAUUUCAUAAAGCGAUAUCUGAAAAAACAUCCAAAUCUACUAGAUGACUUUGUGCUGGAACAUGUUGAAGAGGAGAGGAUUGCUACAUGGUUGUAUAAAAAGAAAAAUAAUAACUACGAACAGGAAGAUGGACGAAGUGCUGCGAGCCUUCCUCACUCAGAAGACCAUGACCACACCGGGUUCAAGUUGCAUGAUAUUGGAUCCAUCUCUGCAAGUCCACCACCAUGUGAAGCUUCUUAUGUAAAGAUGUGCUCAUCAUCAGAUUCAGAAUUACACACCCGGUACAAAAGUUGUGACGUUGAAAACGUCCUCUCUGUUCUGACACAAGAAAUACGCUUGAGCCCUGUUGAUGAAAAAAGUUACUUUCUUCAUGAAAUUGGAGUCAUUGCGGGUGCAGCGACUAGGGCAGAUUCCUAUGCAGUUUACCUAGUGUGCAGUGCGGGGAAGGAAUUAAUACAGACAUUACCAAAAGACAAUCAACAUACAGCGCCACAUGGGACUCAUCAGCCAAUCACAGAAGGGAGCACAGUGGCUGCUUACGUAGCAGAACAUAAAAAGACAGUAUUACUCAGGGAUAUUCACGGGGACGAGCGAUUUCCUCUAGGUACUGGCUGUGACCAGACAUCAUCAGUUCUGUGUAUACCACUGCUGCUGGGUAUUGAUCUCAUAGGUGUGAUAGAGUUUAGCAAACGAUUUGAUUCCAAGCCAUUUAGUAAAGAUGACCAACAGAUAGUCACGGCGAUGGUGACAUGGGCAGCAGGCUUUCUGUUGGAGUGCGAAGUCAAUGGUGUCGCAGUAAAGCAGAGGGAGCUAAACGACUUUCUCUUGGAGGUUUCACGGGUUAUAUUUGAUGACAUCAUAACGUCAGACAAAUUAGUUAGUCGCAUAAUGAUGUUUGCCAAAAAUCUAGUGGCAGCUAGUCGGUGCUCGUUUUUCUUAGUCGAUCUCGAAAGGAAUGAACUUUACGCAGAUCUGUUUGAUGAAGGGGUAGAGGACGACGCAUCGCAAUCAAUCCUAAAGAAACAACCCAUCAGGUUUUCCAUUGACAAGGGCAUUGCUGGACACGUGGCCAAGACGGGAGAGAUAGUCAAUAUCAAGAACGCCUAUGAAGAUCCAAGAUUUAACAGGGACAUAGACAUAAGAACUGGUUUCACGACCCAGAACAUCCUAUGUAUGCCUAUCAUCAGUAAAGGCGUUGUGAUCGGUGUGGUGCAGAUGAUCAACAAAUUGUCGGGGACCUGCUUUACGGCCACUGAUGAAGCUGCCUUCAAGACAUUUGCUGUCUAUUGUGCUCUUGCUCUUCACUAUUCUAAGAUGUACUCAAGUCUGAAACACCAACAGAGUAUGAACCGUGUAGCCCUAGAACAGCUCAGUUAUCACAUUCGCUCAGAAGAUGCCUGCCAAAUGCUGCUUGCCAGCCCUCUACCAGACCGUAUCCCGGAAUCGUUCAACACCCUUGAUUUCUACUGUAAAGAAUACGAGUCGGAACUUCCACAGCUGUUCAACUACAUCGUCCAGACAUUUGCAAAAUCAGUCAAGGUCGAUCUCAUCAAACUUUGUCAUUUUGUCACAACUGUGCGGAAGAACUACCGACCUAUCUCAUAUCACAACUGGCGCCAUGCUUUCACUGUGUGUCACUGUAUGUACUUCGUCCUUCUGCAGAUACCAGGAGUGUUCAGAGAAGAAGAGGAGUUGGCUCUGCUUGUUUCCUGUAUUUGUCAUGAUCUGGAUCAUCGAGGUUACAACAAUGCCUUUAUGCAGAAGCUGGAACAACCAUUGGCGAGUCUCUACUCAACUUCAGUCAUGGAGCAGCAUCACUUCAACAUGACUGUUACAAUAUUACAGCAAGAGGACCAUGAUAUCUUUAGCCAUCUAUCCCAGGCCCAGUACAAGGACAUGCUGGACAAUAUCCGGACUGCAAUCAUCGCCACAGACCUGGCAUUGUACUUUGGCAACCAGAAGAAAAUCGAAAAACUCAUUUCGAACAAAGAAUUUGAUGUCGAAGUCAAUGAACAUAGGAAUCUGCUGAAAGCCAUCAUGAUGACGGGGUGUGACCUGUGUGCAGUCAGCAAGCCAUGGCCAGUUCAACAAGCAAUAGUUAGACUCAUUUAUGCGGAAUUCUAUGAUCAGGGAGACAAAGAAAAAAUGAUGGGAAUGAAACCACUGCCUCUGAUGGAUCGAAACCAAAAGAAAAACGUGCCAAAAGAUCAGUGUGGGUUCAUCAAAUUUGUUUGUAUGCCUGGCUUCAGGAACUUAAAAGACAUCUUACAGAAUGAGGGUGUAUCAAUACUGCUCAGCAACUGCGAGUCUAACCUGAGGCAUUGGGAGGAGAUUGCAGCCGAGGUGGAGAGGACUGACGAGAUCUUGUGGGACGUCACUAGUACAGAUUCAUAGCAGCAGGCAUCGAUCAGCCAUUUAGGAUGUAAUGGAAUGUAAUUCCCUGUGAUUGAUAGAGGAAUUAAUCCUCUAGCUCAGACAAAGCCCUCUUUUGCAAUUGACGGUUUGAUUGAUGCUGUUCGGUUAGGGGUUACUCAUUAAGUUGCUACUACAUGCGUGUGCAUUUAAGACCCUUUCAAGACCAAGACUCUUGCAGAAUGUGAGUUCAGUUGUAUUUAGUGAGGACCAUUGAUACCUAUUUUAUGGAGAGAAAUGACAUUGAGUUGAGAAAGUUUGGGGUUCCGCCAGUACUCUGUGGAUAUGAUUAGUCCAGACAGAACUCUUUUAAAGGAUUCUUGUCUUUAAUUUACACCAUGGUGAAUUCAAAUUUAACCAUGGAUCUUUUUAGUAAGGUUAGUGCACAAUACUGGGGACAUGGCACAUUUAGUUCGCAAUUACAAUGACGACUAUUUUAGCAAAAUUGUACAAUAUUCCAGCCUCCUUGUUUUGACCCCCCCCCCCCCCGGCAAGUUCCUCUUGAUGUUAUGGACUUUAUUCUUAUCAGCCACGCAUUUUGUUCUAUAGAAAAAUGUUAUUGCUCAAUAAAUGCCGGUAUUUACAUUUCCCCUGCUAUUAUAUGCUGUGGCUAAAUUUUAGAAUCGUUACCUAUGCUUUCUGUUAAAACAUGCCAUGUCAUUUCAUUUUGUUUUUUUAUUUGUUAAGCCAAAAGCCAUACUAAACUGUUGCAAAUAUGUUCAUAAUACACCAUUAAUGUUACUUGUAUUUUUAAUGAGAGA